AUGGAGAAGCUGGAAAGCGAGGACGACUUCCAAUGGUGCCUGCGCCGCCUCGAGGCCCAUUUCGCUCCCAAACAGAAUGUUUGUGUUGAGCGCUACCGCUUUCGCAGCCGGGGGCAGCAACCAGGUGAGACCACCAGCCAGUGGGUCUCCGUGCUGCGCCAGUUGGCCAGCACGUGUGAGUACGGUGCCCAGAUGGACGAGUUUAUCAGGGACCAGGUGAUUGAGAAGACCCCCAGCAGCAGGAAGGACGGCAGCAGCUUCCGCAGGGGAGGCAGCAGCAGCCGAGACGGCAGCAACCACAGCAGCAGACAGCAGGCCCUGAGUGCUGGGGCUGCGGGCGCCCUGGACAUCGCAGAGGUGACCGCAGCUGCCCAGCGUUCGCCACUGCGCCGCCUGCCUUUGGCUGUGCUGGACGCAGUGAGUGCCCGGAUUGAUGAGCUGGAGGCCCAGGGCGUGAUUGAGAAGGUGAGCGCGUCUCCCUGGAUCUCACCACUGGUCGUUGGCAGGAAACGGGACGGUGCCAUCCGCCUCUGCGUUGACAUGAGGAGGGUGAACCAGGCGGUCAUCACGGAUGGUCAUCCUCUCCCGAGGAUUGAGGACGUUCUCGAUCGGCUCCGUGGUUCGCUGAUGUUCUCCAGGCUGGACCUGAAGGACGCGUACCACCAGCUGGAGCUGCAUCCCGACAGCCAGAACCUGACCACGUUUGUCAGCCACAAGGGUUUGUACCGGUUCCGCCGUGUAAACUUUGGUCUGGCGAGUGCCGGCCCUUGUUUUCAGAGGGUGAUGACGUCGAUGCUGGAGGGCAUCCCCGGGGUGGAGGUGUACCUCGACGACAUCAUCAUCCACGCACCGUCCCAGGCGGAGCAUGACGCUCGCCUGAAGCAGGUGCUGCGGCGGUUGGAGGACCACCGUGUGAAAGUGAACUGGUCCAAGAGUGCCACCGGCUGCCGUGACGUUGAUUUCCUCGGUUACAGGAUCUCAGCGGCCGGUGUGCAGAUCGACCCAGAGCGGAUCAGUCCGCUGCUGGAGGCUCCAGAGCCACAGGACGAGAAGGGCCUCCGCGCCUUCCUGGGAGCCACGGGCUACCACGCCCGUUUCAUGCCGCGGUACUCGGACCUGGUCGAGCCGCUGCGAGCUGCGCUGCGCGCUGACAAGUUCGAGUGGUCGCCGGCGCUGUCCAGCGCCGUCCAGCGCGUCAAGGACGCCAUCCGUCAGUCACCGGCGCUGGGUAUGUUCGACCCCGCGCUCGCCACGGUGCUGACGACCGACGCCAGCGACGUCGGAGCAGGCGCGUGUGUGACGCAGAUCGACGCCUCGGGGUCGCCCAGGGUCAUCGCGUACGCGUCUAAGUCGUUCUCUCCGGCCGAGCGUAACUACUCCACUGUGGAGAAGGAGGCGCUGGCCGUGGUGUGGGCCUGUGAGAAGUUUCGCCACUAUCUCUGGGGGCGGAAAUUCACUCUGCGCACGGAUCAUCAGGCUCUGUGUCCUAUUUUCGGUCCCAAGGGUUCCACGCGCGUCGGCCGGCGUGUCGCGCGGUGGGAGGCCCGCCUGCUCGAGUUUUCUUUCGACGUUGAGUACGUCCGCUCGGAGCGGAACACCGUGGCCGACGGCCUGUCACGGCUGCCGGUAGCCGAGACCUGGUGGCCGGAUGAUGACGAUCUCCAGAUUGCAGCUCUGACGGUGGCAGCAGCCAUCUCUGAGGAGGAGCUCAGUGACGCCUCGGCGGCCGACGAGUGUCUCAGCGUCGUCCGUGGGUACGUGUCCGGGCAGUGGCCCCGCCAGAGGGACGUUGACCCCCGAGCAGCUGGUUUCUUUCAGGUACGGGACGAGCUGUCCGUACAUGGCCAGCUGCUGCUCCGCGGUGACCGGCUGGUGGUGCCAGCGGCGCUGCGCGAGCGCGUUCUGACUAACGCGCACGCGGGCCACCAGGGGGUGGUCCGCACAAAACAGCGGCUUCGUGAGCGUUUCUGGUGGCCGCGCCUGGACCGGCAGGUGCGUGACCUGCUGAAGAGCUGUGAGGUCUGCUCUCAGCACGAUGGGCACGUGCGGAGGGAGAGGCCGCCCCUCCAGCCCAUCCCACUCCCAGAUGGACCGUGGCAGCGCCUCAUGGUGGACGUGAUCGGUCCCAUGAGAGGUCCGUCGUCUGAGCGCUACGGCAUUGUGCUCGUCGAUAUGUACAGCCGGUGGCCGGAGGUCGCGCUCUGCCAGGACGCGACGGCAGACAGUAUCUGCCAGUUCCUGGAGACAGUGUUCGCUCGCGAAGGUGUGCCGCUGGAGCUACUGUCAGAUAACGGCCCUGCGUUCCGGUCGGGCCGACUCGCCGAGUUUUUGGGUCGCAUGGGCGUCAAACAGACGUUUAGUUCGCCCUAUUCGCCGCAGACCAACGGCAUGGUCGAGCGGCUGAACCGGACGGUUAAGGAAGCCAUCCAGUCGGCUCGCCUGGCGAGGGAGCCGCGCUCGACGUUUGUCAGAAAGUUCCUGGGUGAGUACCGGGUCACGGUCCACCCGGCGACCGGAGUGUCGCCCUUUGUUUUGAUGAGGGGGCGGGAGGCGCGGACGAUUCUCGAUGUGACCCCGUCCGAUGUGACCCCGUCCGGCCGUGCUGCCGAGGAUCGAGCUGUCCGGCAGCAUCACCAGUCGUACCAGGAGACCUACAGGGCCCGGUAUGACCGCACCGCCACGGCCGCCCCGCGAUGGGAAGCUGGCGACUGGGUGCGAGUACGGAAGCCCGGGACGGGCCGGGUCGAGGGGCAGCGCUCUGUGCAGCCGUAG